UCUUUGUCAACAAUGGCCGACGGGUACAGAUGGUCAAGGUCUGGUAUGGCGUUGAGCUUGGUGGGGUUCCUUCUUCUUCUCCAACUCUGCUUUGUUGCUAGUGGCACAAAUGCAGUGAGUGGAGAUAGCCAAUUGCGUGUGAGUCUAUCCCAGGUGGAGGAGGAGAAUUCGCAGGUUCACUUUCAUAGGACGAAACGAUUCCUCCAAGCUGCUAAACGGAGACAGAGGCAACCAGGCCCAGCCACUCUGGUGGAUGAGUUCCUCGAUGAGAAUUCCCCGCUUCGCCGUGUAUUUUUUCCAGAGGCGGCAACUGCCAUAAAUCCGGUGAACGGCGACAACUACUACCGUCCAGGGAAUAUUUGGUUGGAUACUGAUGUAAAUCCUAUUCAAGCUCAUGGGGGUGGUGUGCUAUACGAUGAAAUCUCCAGUACAUACUAUUGGUACGGAGAGUACAGAGAUGUUCCCCAGGGUUCAACGACGGGACGUAUUGACGUUAUUGGAGUGGGUUGCUAUUCUUCCAAGGAUUUGUGGACAUGGAAAAACGAGGGUAUUGUGUUGCCUGCGGACAUGGAAAAUAAAACCCAUGAUCUCCACAUAUCCAAUGUGUUGGAGCGGCCAAGAGUUAUUUACAAUGAGAUAACAGGCAAGUAUGUAAUGUGGAUGCAUAUUGACACUGGCAACUACUCCAAAGCUUCCGUCGGGAUUGCUAUUGGUGACUCCCCGACGGGUCCUUUUCAGUAUCUCCGUAGCCUAAGGCCCCAUGGACGUGACAGCCGGGAUAUGACCGUGUUCAAGGAUGACGAUGGUGUAGCAUAUCUGAUUUAUUCGUCCCAGAGUAAUAGUGAGCUUCACAUCGGACCACUAACUGAUGAUUAUCUAGAUGUGCAGCCUGAUAUGCAGAGGAUUCUGGUUGGACUACGCCGGGAAGCCCCUACUGUUUUUAAGUACCAGGGGAUUUAUUACAUGAUCACUUCGGCUUGCACCGGAUGGGCACCAAAUGAAGCAUUGGCACAUGCGGCUGAGUCGAUGAUGGGGCCAUGGGAGACAAUCGGAGACCCGUGCAUUGGAGGGACGAACACGUUUCGACUUGCAGCGUUUUUGUCACAGAGUACAUUUGUGAUUCCUUUGCCAGGCAGUCCGGGUUCAUACGUUUUUAUGGCGGAUCGGUGGAAUCCGGCUCAAUUAAACGACUCGAGGUACGUAUGGUUGCCGCUAACAGUCGGUGACCCAGCCGGUCCUUUUGAGUUCGAUUUUGGAUUUCCAUCAUGGCCAAGGGUGUCCAUAUAUUGGCAUCAGAAGUGGAGACUUCCCUUGGGUCGGAGGUGAUAGAAAAGA